GCGACAGCAACUAGCCAAUGGCCAUUAGCCAUUACAGCGACAAGUUCCAAAUCAUCUCCACUCCUCUCAGCUCCUCCACAUCAAUCACGUUUAUAAUCCGACAACCAAACCUGCGCCUCGAGAAGCAAAAUUCCAUUUGCUCGGCUUAAAAAUCCAAUCUUGUGCCCCCGCCCGGCGGCGCACAUCCACCCCCCACCCCACCGGAGCCGAACGAGUCCAUUACGCCGUACAUACCGGCGAGGCGGCGGCCCCUCUUCUUCCCCGCCUCACCCCCUCCUAUAUGGGCGACGAGGUCUCCACGGUCCCUGGGGGCGGGUGUUCGUCACGCGGUUGCACGUGGUGAGCAGGGAAGCGAGGGCAACGCGACUCGAUCUUGGCAAUGGGUCUCGUGGGACUGGCGCUCUAGGUUCUGAACGAGCGACCACGGGCCUUUGGCAAGUUUUGGGCUUUCGGCGCACUCUCCGUGAGCUUGGGAUCCGAGGAUCGUCAGUUUGUAAGAUACUGCUGCCAAUUGGUCUGAACUCAUGGAGACCAUUUCAAGUUCAACAAAUGAGCAUCCGCAUAAGGGGGCAAUGUGGGAACUGGAAAGGAAUAUUGAUCCGCCUAUGGAUGCAGAGGCCGGGAGACUCAGGAAUAUGUACAGACAAAAGACCUACCCGACAAUUUUGCUGCUACAACUAGCUUUCCAAAGCCUUGGUGUGGUAUUUGGAGAUUUAGGCACAUCACCUCUUUAUGUCUUCUCCAACAUCUUUCCUCAUGAAAUAGAAGACACGGAGCAAAUUAUUGGAGCACUGUCACUUAUUAUCUACUCCCUUACUCUCAUUCCACUUGUUAAAUACGUUUUCAUUGUGUUGAGGGCAAAUGAUAACGGCCAAGGUGGAACAUUUGCUCUUUAUUCACUGCUUUGUCGGCAUGCAAAGAUAAACAUCAUUCCCAAUCAACAUAGAACCGAUGAAGAGCUAACAACAUACAGCCGUCAUACGUACGAUGAGAAAUCUCUUGCUGCAAAGAUCAAAAGAUGGUUAGAGGGGCACCAAUUCCGAAAGAAUGCCAUUCUUAUUCUUGUACUUUUUGGUGCUUGCAUGGCUGUUGGAGAUGGAAUUCUCACUCCUGCCAUAUCAGUUCUUUCGGCAACUGGUGGAAUACAAGUGGAAGAACCCAGAAUGAUAAACGAUGUGGUUGUAAUAGUCUCUGUGGUGAUAUUGAUCGGAUUGUUCAGCAUGCAACACUAUGGUACUGAUAAAGUCAGCUGGCUAUUUGCACCGAUAGUAUUCAUUUGGUUCAUACUUAUUGGAGUUCUGGGAGCGGUGAACAUUUAUACAUAUGAUAGGUCGGUUCUUAAGGCGUUCAAUCCUAUUUAUGUAUAUCGUUACUUUAAGCGAGGGAAGACUAGCUGGGCUUCCCUAGGAGGAAUUAUGCUCAGCAUAACAGGGACAGAAGCACUAUUUGCAGACCUUUCAUAUUUUCCUGUGCAAGCUAUUCAGAUUGCUUUCACUACGGUUGUGUUCCCAUGCCUUCUUUUGCAAUAUACUGGACAGGCUGCCUACAUAGCCACAUACAAAAAAAAUGUCUCCCAUGCUUUCUAUUAUUCUCUUCCAGAUCGUAUACUUUGGCCAGCAUUUGCCGUUGCAACAGCUGCCGCAAUAGUUUCCAGCCAGGCAACUAUAUCCGCGACGUAUUCAAUCAUCAAGCAAGCGCUUGCAGUGGGAUGCUUCCCCAGAGUGAAGAUCAUCCAUACCUCCAAGAAGUAUCUUGGCCAGAUAUACAGUCCUGAUAUAAAUUGGAUUCUUAUGGUUCUCUGCAUAGCUGUCACCGCUGGAUUUAAAAAACAGUCCCAAAUUGCAAAUGCAUAUGGUACUGCUGUGAUAAUGGUUAUGCUUGUCACAACAUUUCUCAUGAUCCCCAUAAUGCUGCUGGUAUGGCGCAGCCACUGGACCUUGGUCGUCCUCUUCACCGUGUUUUCAUUGGUCGUGGAGAUCCCGUACUUGACUGCCGUUAUGCGGAAAAUCGACCAGGGUGGUUGGGUUCCUCUUGUGUUCGCCGUGGCCAUCCUCCUUGUCAUGUACGUUUGGCAUUACGGCACACUCAAGCGCUAUGAGUUCGAGAUGCACAGCAAGGUGUCCAUGGCAUGGAUCUUAGGCCUUGGCCCGAGCCUUGGUCUUGUCAGGGUACCCGGGAUAGGGCUGGUGUACACGGAGCUGGCGCGCGGUGUUCCUCACAUAUUUUCGCACUUCAUCACCAACCUCCCAGCGAUCCACUCCGCUCUGGUGUUCGUAUGCGUCAAGUACCUCCCGGUAUACACCGUGCCAACGGACGAGAGGUUCCUGGUGAAGCGGAUCGGCCCCAAGAACUUCCACAUGUUCCGCUGCGUGGCGCGGUACGGGUACAAGGACAUCCACAAGAAGGACGACGACUUCGAGAAGAUGCUCUUCGACAGCCUGCUGCUCUUCGUCCGGCUGGAGAGCAUGAUGGAGGAGUACACGGACUCGGACGAAUACAGCGCCUUGGCGGACCAGCAGGAGCUGAACGAAGUGAGCAGCAACGCCAGGUCCAUCGCCGAGCUCAGCAGCUACGCCUCCCAUGACUCCAUCGUGCCUGUGCGUUCUCCGGAGAACAACAAUGGACGGGUCAUGUUGUCGGGGCAGACGACGACGGCGGCGUUCGAGACGGUGGGCGACGAGGUGGCCUUCCUGAACUCAUGCAGGGACGCCGGGGUGGUGCACAUCCUCGGGAACACCGUCAUCAGGGCCCGCAGGGACUCGGGGCUGGUGAAGAAGAUCGCCAUCAACUACCUGUACGCCUUCCUGAGGAAGAUCUGCAGGGAGAACAGCGUCAUCUUCAAUGUUCCCCAUGAGAGCCUGCUCAAUGUUGGGCAGGUGUUCUAUGUCUAGUUUAUUAAACUGGAUGUAAUGUAAAUUCAGUCACCAGUGUGUGUAGAUUAUUUAUAGGAGAACUGUAUGUACAGAGAUGAUUUUUGCAUAUCUGGGAAAGUGUAAAUCUGGAUGAAUUGAGUAAGUUUCAGUGUAGCGCGAUUCAGAUACAACUCUGAAUCAAACUUUUGCAAAACAGAGUUUCAGAUACAAAUCUUUAUCGAGUUGCACUUCAA